AGGCAGGCUGCGAACGACGAUGGCGAAAGGCUUCGAUGAGCUGCUUGACUUUUUGCUCGAUGAGGUUGCGUUGCACUUCGGAGACGGUGCGACAUUGGACGACUUCAAGCGCUGCGUGACUGAAUUCUACGACGAGCCAGAAGGCCGGAAGGCUGCCGAAGAGGCACAGAUCGACAGCAGGCUCCUCUCCACCGUCGACCAUGAACUGCAGGAGAGAGCGUGGGCCUGGCUGCUCCUCCAUCCCGACAUUUGGGUUGGCACGCCAGCCGGCGACGAUGGAUCGCCCCCCCGUAUCUUGGUCUCCGCCGAGCAGGAUGCGUCCGUUCUGUCCUUGGUGGACGCUGAAUCGGCCGACAUGACGGCCCGUGACGAGUCUGAACGUAUUCGCAUCUGGACGAGUCACGAGAGAGUCUGGCAGACCGUUGCCGGUCAUGGGGUCGACUUCAAGCGCAUCCCCGGUGAAGAAUUCAGGCUCCUGUGUCUCAUCGCGGCCGCGCGCGAGAAGGGAAUCGCGCAGCCCACGCUCGUCAAGUUGUCCAAGCAGGACAAGAAGUCCGUGCCGGGAAGAACAGACAAUCUCAGCAAGGCUGGGUACAUUCGGAAGACGAAGAUCCUUGCCGAGAAGCACAACACGUCUUUGCUCGUUCACAGGCGCUUCUUGCCGCCUGAAGAACUGGACGCGGAAUCACGGCCCGUCUUCGUCAACGGGUCGCUGUCGUUCGACAACUUGCUUAGCGUGCUGAAGGAGAAGCUCAAAAACGGCACGGAAAUGAGGAUGGAAGACUUCGAGGCCUUCGUCGGAUGUGCAGCGAGAUCGUGGGAGAAGCGCGCCUUAUGGAGGGCCCUCGAGCGGUUGGACAUCAUCGGAGUCAUCCAACGCUAUCGAAAAGAUGAACUUGGCAAGAACAAGAGGGGAAAUAUGCGGAAUUUCAAGACAAAGUACAUCAAGUUACUUCGCGAGCCAAAUGAUGCGGACUACAAGAGAUACACGUCGCUCACUGUGAAGGACCGGGAAGACUUUCGACGACGGCUUGAAGCUCAGGAUGCCGAGACGCAGGGUGAACAUGCAGAGUACAUGGAUGAUGAAGAUUAUGCUGCGUAUCAACCACAAGCGAACUCGACACCGCAGGUUGGCCAAGAAGAAGCACCAAUCAUCCACAUCAUGCAUUGGGACUCCGACGUCGCCUGGACAAAUACCGUCUACAACGCAGUAGCAUCCGCGGGCGGCAAAGGACUGUCGUCUAUGGCCUCCCGUGAGUCCACGUACGGCCGAUUCUACGACAGACCCGUGGAGCAGAUGCUGGCUCGACUCACAGAUGUCUGGCAGAAAGCUCAGCCCGAUCAUCUCAGGCACUUCAACAUAAUUCGCGACACAGACACCAAGGGCCGAUCGACCAAUUACCUUUAUCGCACCCACGACGCUUUUCAAGAAGCCGUUGACCAGGGCAUCACCGUCUGGGAGAACGCGACUGGCGGAAAACCCUAUCAGAAACCGGUGGCUCAACUUGACAGAUUUGGCUUCAGCAAACUUGAUCAUUCACAGUUUCUAAAACAUGGGGCGUCAACUUUGGCGGAGUGCAUCGCAAACGCAAAGCUUCCGUAUGAGCGACUCCAGAGAUCUGAUCCCAUUCUAGAAAAGAAUGACGACGGCGUCUACCGCGUAGUGUGGAACCAUGAUCAGGCUUCUAAACGACGAAAAGAGAUGGAUGCUAUCGUAACUCAGGACGUCGACAGUUCGUCCCUUGCUCCCAAGAAGAAACGUGGACGACCUAGGACGAAGGGAGUGGUCAAUACAGAAUCAGCAGAUGGCGUGGCCAUCAUCCAGAACCCUCCGGCAGCAGCACUACAGACUCCCGCAUUGACGAACUCAUCGGAGGAGCGGCUACGAAUCGAAGCAGAAGAACAGGCAUUCCAUGAGGCACACAAGAAACAAAAGAUCUUUCCAGUCACGUCUGCAAAUGGCAAGCAGAUUAUGACGACAUGGAAGCCUGGCAAAGGUCGUUCAAAAAUGAUAUUGGUUGACGACGUGGACUCAAAGGGCACUGUUGAUCUACCAAAGCCAGCGCCAGGCCAUAGAAAGCCGCCCGUCGUUGUUUUCGAGUCCCGGGUCCGGGAAAUUCUCGAGAGUUUGAAGGCGGAGCGGAAUUUCAAUGUCGAUGCUCUCGACGAUCAGAAUCGACCCGCUACGAUGAAGUCUCCGCGUCUCAAGCAUUUGUCUCCGUCUCGAUCUUCUGAUGACGGAGCUGGUGCUCGACGAGAAGGCAACGGAGAUGUUCCCCGGUCUGACGGGGCUCCAAUUUCGCCCGUUGCUGAAUCUGAUGCUCCUCCUGUGGUUCAAGGGCCAACACAUGGCCAGGUUCCACCGAUUGCAAAGGCCGUUGAAGUGCGAGCAGAUUCCCAGACGCCCUCAAUCAGAAGAGCUUCUUCAACCUUGGUCAGAUCUCCUGGAAAAGGCCCAACGUCACCAUCACUCCGAUCGCCAUCGACUCAAUAUGUGGCGAGAACGAGCCAGACGUUUGAGACAGCAGAAUCGGUCGAAAAUACUGAAAAUCAACCCACGGAAGGGGCGGAGAAAGAGACAAGGAAUGAAACGCCUCGUAAGGAUUGGGCUCAACGUCAGUCGACUUAUAUCCGCCCACCCCCACCUGGAGGGACGGUGCCUAAUCGUAGGAAAAAAGGGACAGUCGUUGGCCGUGGCACGGCUCAGUACAAGCGGAUUAUCCUCAUUGAGAAGAUUAUCGAAAAGUCAGGUGGUAUCUUUCCCGGCGAUAGCGAGAUGGUGCCGGCUUUCCAGAAGCUGCAGAAGGAGGAACUGAAAUCGGAGACAAUCAGUGAUCGCGACACGAUCAUGAAAGCCGUGAAAGCAUUGGUCGACGAUGGGAAACUUAUGCGCUUUGCAUUCUUUUUCAAAGACAAGAAUGGCAAACAAGUCCAGAAGUGGAUCCUGCACCAGCCUCAUAUCGGGAUUGACAGUGACGGCAUCAAAGAGUUGAUGGCGAAAAUUGAGGAAGCACAUCCGAGAAAUUUUAUUCCACUUCCAUAUGGCGAUGGCGAGACUGGUCGUGGCGAGCAAAGGAAAAACAUCGAUCGUUUCCAGUACCGCCCGGGGAAGAGCAUUAUACGACCGUCUGGCACGGAGUUUGUUGUCGACGUUGAGGCUAAGCGCAAAGAGCUUGAAACAAAACGUCUUGCCGCCGCAGAAGCAAUUCGUGCAGAGGAGCAGAGACGGUUGAAAGCACAAGCGGCGAGAAACAGAAAGAGACAAGCUGCACUUGCUGCGAAGCCGAGGGUCAGCAGAGCGGUCUUGAAGAGAACAGCCCAACCUGAUCCGCACGUCCUCGAGCAGAUGGAAGAGGACGAUCCGGACACGGUCAUGCAAUCUGUUGAGACUGAUCGAACUUUCGCUACGGGUAAUCGACAAGGCCGAGCUUCAUUCCCGGACACACAACCUGCACCAGCCUCUGAAUUUCAUUUUGCAGCUCGUAGACUUCCAAACUCGUUUCUCUCGGACGCAAUAUCGCCAGAUGCCCUUGAAGCACAGUCAAACAAGCGAGUCCAGCGAAAGGCAGAACAUGGACCGACAUCUUCACAGCGUGGGUUUGAAGCCAUUGCUCGUGCGCCACCACGAACCCGUCAAUACUACACGAAUACAAAAGUUCCCUCUCGUGAUGGCUGGGUCUUCAAAGAGCCUCAAGGCCUGCAGACUUAUGAUCCAUACUACGAGCUGCAGAACACUUGGACGUUGCUACGGCCUCGGCAACGUUUUCAUCCAAACACAGGCACGUUUUCAACAGAUUUUUUCGUGCGAGUCGAUGUCCACCAAGCAAACUGGGUUGAGCCAACUCGAGUUACAUUUGAGCACCACACGACCACUGAUCAGAACGACAUCGAGUGGUACAAUCAAGUUGAUGACUACGAUAACUCUUAUCACCCCGAGAGAAAAGUGCGAAGAGCUGGACCGGGAUCUCUUUCAAGGAAAGCGAAAGAUUUUGCAAACGAACUUGCCGAGACGGACAUGGAUAUCGAUCGUUUUGAGAGAUAUCAACUUAGAAUGAUGAAAGAAGAGUAUCCGGAUUUGGUCCAUGAGCCGGUGGAAGAUGGCUUCGCCAGGUACUCCGUAGGCGGGUUCCACGAGAUCGCAAAGGAAGCAUACCACUACGGCAUUCGUCCGAUGGAGCACGUUGUGCUUCAUGGCGUGGAUCCUGAGGACUUUGUUGGAGUGCAAUUCGACGAGCACUACCGACGACCGAAUUUCUCUUCAAUUGUUCAGGAUGAACUCGACGCCACCACAUCAGCAGAAGAAGACGAAGAUGAAGAUGAUGAUGACGAGUAUGGAGAUGAGGCUGAGAACCAAGUCCAGAUAAGGCCCCAACCAUCAUCAAAAACAAGACCGAAAGCCGCACCUCGUCCUCCCCGCACUCCACGACAAGCAAAGAGCAGGCGUCAGUCGGCGGCGGAGUCAGCUGGACCAGAAGAAGAAAGCUCUGUGUCACAGCCAGCCCUGAAAGAAAGGAGAUCUAUCUAUCAGAGUGGCAAAUGCUACAUGUCGUCUGCAGAUUCGAGACGUCUGUUCUUCGCUUGCAUUGCUGUGCGCGUUCUCAGUGGAGACCUCGAUGGCACAGUCAGCUGGACUACGAUCCAGACCAUAUUCGCCGGUCAUCCAAACUUUGAUGCACCAACCUUCAAAGCUCGCUGGGGUCGCAUGUGUCACGGUUUCCAAGAUGUCAUAGAUCGAGUCCAGCGCCAAUUUCAAGAUGCAUUUCUAGCGGCCUACGAGAAAGGACAAUUACCUAAGUUGGAUGUUAUGCACGGUGCCAAGCUGUACUACAAAAGCCCGGCGGACUGGAAUCGAGUGAUCGAUUGGGCGGUCAAAACCAUUCCAGUCUUCUCCGAGGAUGUCGAGCUGCCGUCGACUCGUGAUGCCCUCAACGAAGCUUUUGAGAUCAAAUCUGCGCCGAGUGAGCUGCAAGACAUUCGGGAGAAGCUUGAACAUAUUCAUACCACACAUGCGAAACGUGACGAGAUCACCCACAGGAUGUCGUUUGCAACAACGCUUACGCUGAGAAAGAAGCAUGACGCAAACAAGGAUAUCGAUGUAGCGAAGUCAUGGAUCCGUGCCAACUGCGCAACACCCGACGACGGAUACGACGCUGAAGCUGCAAAUGCCAAGUUGAAGAAGCUAGACCAACACAUGCUUACGGCAUUGACGCGACAGAUGCACAUGGAAAAGGUCAUUGCACACUCUUUCAAGAUGAGAAACAAAGAUGCGGUGCGGAACUAUCAUCUUUCAGAUCAAUACAGGCAGGUUAUUGAUCGUCGACCACUCGACGCAAAGAACUUUGCUGAAGCACUGGCCUUCAAGGCACGACUCGACAAGAAAUUUGCGUCUUCAAAUCCUCGCUUCCUUUUGGACUACAACAGUCUAUCCGAGGGACAGGUCAUGGCAAUCACCGAGAUGAUGGCUGCUGGCCGUGUGUCGGUGAAACCUGUCUUGCCGCCCGUCGACUCCACCAUUGGAGCACCUUGGCCUAGACUAACCGUCUGGGGUUUCAAUGAAGGCCAGUACAAGCUGAGGACCAUGGAUCGUAAAAUCUUUGUCUGGCAGAUUGAGAUCGUUCCAACAAAGGACUACAUUUCUGGUUUGCCUCUUGCCGCGAAGUUGGCCAGCAUCGAGCCUCCGAGGACCGGACUUGUGGAUGGAUCUGGUAAUGAAGCCAUACCGUUGUGGUACGAUAUACAUGGAAAUCUCAUCCCCAUUUACUGGGAAGGCAUGGUACGGUCUGUCACCCAACAUAUUGCUAUGAAGGCAGGCUCCACGCUUGCUACCCUCACGGCUCCGUAUCGCGGUCUAGUCUGGGAGUGGGAGGUCAAGAUGCUAAUAGAUUGGCUUGUCGAAGCCGGUGCCGCCAAAUACGGAGAAGGUAGCACUGUUUACGCUCAGGAGUGGUGGUGGACUGCAGUACCGACACAGACACACGGUGGAGAUAGUGAGUUUGAAAACGGUGCGGCUGAGAAGGACGUAGCACCGCCAAUUGCUACGCCUGCUCCCAAGAAAAGGAGAGUGCGGGGUGGAAAGGGUAAAGCUGCUGGAAGGGGUGACAUAUAACUUGAUGUCUGUACAAUGAUCUAAUUGAAUUGGUAUUAAUCAUGCAUGGACGGGCGUUUUUUUAUCUUAACGUGGUGGCAUUGUGGAUUAUAUAGUUUAAUGAUACCC